AUGGCCCACAUCGACGCUAGCCACUAUUCUCGCGACGCCUCUGUUGAGCUCUCGGAGGCCCUUGCAAAACCUGCUUCGUACAGGCUAUUGUACUUUCCUGUGCUCUCCAAUGGCGCCACUGGACGUGAUCUCCUGGCCUGUGGAGGUGUCAAUUGGUCGCAUGCCGCCCCCGCAGAUUGGGAGACGGAGAAGAACAAGUCCCCAUUCCAAAUGGUACCUCUCCUUUAUGUCACUGGCGAGAACGGCAAGACGGCGACGCUCGCAGAGACAAUGGUCAUUGAACACUACCUCGCCAAGAAGUUUAGUCUUCUGGGCUCGAACGAGUACGAAGAGAGCAUCAUCAAGAGUCUCCACUCCUCCAGCGCAGCCGUCCAGAAUGCGUUUGCAGUCACCGUCACUUGGAACACCCCUGAGGGCAAGGCAGGUGCGUUGGGCUUCUUCACCUCUGCCACCCUUCCUAUCUGGAUUGCAGCCCAUGAGAGACAUUUAAUCGAUAACGGCAACAACGGCCAUUACGUCGGCGACAAGCUGUCAUUGGCCGAUAUUCGCACCGCAAACACCAUUGAACACCUUGCCGCCCAACCAGAAUCUGCGACCCUCAUGGCGAUCGUCAACAAGUCUGCACCCUUGACCAAGCUCCGCGACAUGGUUGCCAAGCACCCCAAGUUAGUUCAAUGGAGAUCUGGGGCUGACUAUAAGGGCUACUUUGAGGGCAACCGUGCGUUCUAUGCGAACCCUGCUGCCUUUAUGUAG